CACGCAGACGUCAAAUCAACACCACAUCGCCAAAAUGAGGUUCAUCCGGUCACAAGAAACACUGACGAUCCCGGAGGGGGUCAAAGUGACCAUCAAGACCCGAAACGUGAUCGUCGAAGGCCCGCGAGGCAAGCUCACCAAGAACCUCGGCCAUCUCUCCGUCUCCUUCUCCCAGCCCUCGCCAUCCGUCAUCAGCAUCGAGCUGCACCAUGGCGCCCGCAAGAACAUCGCCGCCCUCCGCACCGUCCGCACCAUCAUCACCAACCUGAUCAUCGGCGUCACCAAGGGCUUCAAGUACAAGAUGCGCUACGUCUAUGCCCAUUUCCCCAUCAACGUCAACAUCGAGAAGAACAGCGAGACCGGCCUGCAGGAGGUCGAGGUGCGCAACUUCAUCGGCGAGAAGAUCGUGCGGAGGAUCACGAUGCGCGCCGGCGUCGACGUCGAGGCUAGCAAGAACGUGAAGGACGAGCUGCUCCUGAGCGGGAUCAGCCUGGAGGACGUGAGCCAGAGCGCCGCCGAUCUGCAGCAGAGCUGCAAGGUGCGAAAUAAGGAUAUCCGAAAGUUCUUGGACGGCUUGUACGUCUCAGAGCGGGGGAAUAUCGCGGAGGAGUAAGCGGCGGCUGUGUGAGCGGAGUGGUUAAGGGAGCAUAUUUCUUCGACCAUGGGCAUCAAAGAGCGUUCAGGAUCAAUUAUCAUGGUUUUAGAGACGCGCAAAAUGUUAUCACGGAACCACUAUCAGUGGGUUGUUCAGCCUUGAAUCCAACCAGGUUCAAACCGUCCGUCACACGUCCAUUUCUCAUCUCCAGUGUUAUGAAUACGUAUGACCGAGCGUCUGGCCCUCAUGGAAACGCCAUCUCUUCCCUAAUCAAUCGCAGCGGCCUCUUCACCCGGUCUGGAUCAUGCAGUCUCAUCGCCUUUGGAAACCACUCAUACGUCUCCUCUCCCUCCCCCACGAUCAUCCCCGCCAGUGCAUCCGCGCAUUUCCACCCCAGCGC